GGGGGCUGUGGGAGGGGGCAGAGGCGAGGCAGGCGCAGGGAAGCCGCCGCCGCCGCCGCUCUGCUCCUCCUGCCCCCCUUUGGCUCGGGGCUCGUCUGCCUUGGCGAACCUCGCCUUGCGCUGGAGGGAAGAGCCCUCCUCUCGGAGAGGCAGGGCAGGGCCCCUCCUCUGGAGCGCUGACGGUACCAUGAUAUAAUAAUGAUGGGUGGCGGAGCCCGCAUUUGAACUUGCGGGGAAAGCGGGCUGGGUGCAUCUGGGUGCCUGCAGCUCCCCAAGCCGGACUUCCACAGCCGGGGAUCAGGUGUUCACCACCGGGGGGGUCACGAGGAGAAAAACUCCCGAGCCUGGACCAGCGACCAAGAAGCCCAGGGCUUGCAUGAGGGCACUUCUGGAUUAACAAGCACGCUGUGAUUUUUAUUUUUAUUUUUUGGUGCUCCUUUCCAAUCCUUCUUUUUUUCCUUGAAUUUUUUCCCCAGUCUCUGCAAUAAACUGCUUUGAAAGGUCAAGAUGUUAAAAAAUCUCUUAUGGAUGUGUUGGACCUUAGCCAUAACAGGUGCACUUCACAAAGAAAAAAGCCCACCGGUGAAGGGCUCGCUCUCUGGAAAAGUCAUCCUCCCUUGCUUCUUUUCGACCUUGCCUACUUUGCCUAACUACCACAGUUCAAAUGAACUUUUCCGGAUUAAGUGGUCAAAGAUCGAACAGGAUAAAGGCGGAAAAGAUCUAAGAGAAACCACUGUUUUGGUGGCCCAGAAUGGGAAAGUCAAGCUAGAGCGAGGCUACAAAGACAGGGUGUCUGUUCCGAGCAACUGGGAAGACAUUGGUGAUGCAUCAUUGACUAUGGAGAAAUUGCAGGCAAGCGAUGCUGGGGUUUACCGCUGCGAUGUCAUCUAUGGAAUUGAAGAUACCCAAAAUGUUGUCUCAUUAGCUGUGGAUGGUGUUGUGUUUCACUACCGAGCAGCUACUAGUAGGUACACCUUGAAUUUCAAGCAGGCUCAGGAGGCUUGUGUGGAGAAUGGUGCUGUUAUAGCAAGCCCUCAUCAGCUGAAAGCAGCCUAUGAAGAUGGCUUUGAGCAGUGUGAUGCGGGCUGGUUGUCCGAUCAGACCGUUAGGUAUCCCAUCAGGCAACCAAGAGUUGGAUGCUAUGGAGACAUGAUGGGGAAAGAAGGAGUCAGAACCUAUGGAUAUCGUCUUCCUAAUGAAACCUAUGAUGUCUAUUGCUAUGUGGGAGCCUUAAAUGGCGAUGUCUUCCAUAUCACUUCUCCCAACAAGCUAACCUUUGAAGAGGCUAAAGAGCAGUGUGAGGCAAACGGUGCAGUUCUUGCUUCUGUUGGUGAUCUACAUGCUGCUUGGAGAAAUGGCUUUGACCAAUGCGACUAUGGCUGGUUGGCUGAUGGCAGUGUGCGCUAUCCUGUUUCUGUGGCAAGGAUCCAGUGUGGCGGAGGUUUGCUUGGAGUGCGAACCUUGUAUCGCUAUGAGAAUCAAACAUACUUCCCUCCCCCAGACAGCAGAUUUGAUGCCUACUGCUUUCUACCUAAGCCGAAUGAUUCUGCAACUGUUGAACCGAAUAUACCUUUGGAAAGUGGAUCUUCCAAUUUAUUAACUGAACAAAUCGCUUCUAAAACUAAUCUUGAUCCUCAUAUCUCUUCGGUCACACAAGGAAUGCCUAAGGCAAAACUGGAAGAGAAGGUACCUAAGCAGAUUGCUAGUUUAUCCACUGUUCUACCUCAGACUGUUACAGACUUUUCUGAUUCAUCAGAAGUGACAGAAACAGAUACUGCACCGAGUAACCUAGUAGGGAUCACACCCACACAAGUUGUCUCUGACCUCAGUGAGAAGAGCUCUGAAAGUCAGACUGAACAAAUAGAGGUGGGACCAAUAAUAACUUCUGUAGACGUUCUACUGAGAAAUAACUUGAGUGAACCUGUAGAAACAAAAACUUCUGUUACAUUAACAAAGGAAGAAACACAUCCCGGCAUCCAGCCUACAAAAAAAUCACUGGAAGCAAAAAGCGACGUAAAACUGACAACCGUUGUCAUCCCCAAAGAACUGCUCCCUGAUCAUCAUGAACCUACAAAGGACGAUAACAAUGGCAAUAUUUCACCCGAUGACAGGCCAGUUGCCUCUAGCACUGUUUCAGAAUCAGAUGUAGUCAAAGUGUCAAAGACCUUCUCACCUGAGAAUGCUACAGCUACACCAGGUGUAAUAGUCAGUUCAUCUGAAAGCAAAAUACCACUAACUACCGGAUAUACAAAGAGCUAUGAAACAUCAUUUAGCUCUGAGUUAGGCUCUAUGGAGUUUCCAAAGACCACAACCACUGCAACAGAAGUGAAUGACACAGUGGCAGGGGUUUUCCCCAAAGCUGAAAGAGAGGACAUGCCAAGGCACCGUGAUACAGUAACACCUACUCCAGAGAUGCAACAGGAAAAAACUGCAAGAACAGACGAUGAGAAAUAUGAUUGGACUUCUGAAGGGAGUUCUGCUGAGCAUCAGCCAGACUUAGGAAUUCCCAGACAAAUCACUACUAUUUCCUCAACAGGCAUAUUAGGCACAGAAUCAAUUAUAUUUACAAAGAUGGUAACUCCUUCUGCAACAGCAAAGGAAGAACCUGGCAUUUCCCUCAUUUCUGAAACCCCAGUAGAUAAAAUUGCUAAAGAUGUGGUCACUGUUACUAUUCAUACAGGUGUCAGAGGUGCGAAAACAGAGGCUACAACAGCUAUUCAGGAGGAACCUGGUGCUAGAGAUCAAGCUGUUGAAAAACUGGCUACUGUCCCAGACACUACUGCAGUGAUUUCAACAUUGCUUUUGACACCUGAAAGUGACUUAACUGCUGAAGGAUCCGCAUAUGAAGGAAAAUAUGCAACUACUGAGGCUUUGGGCCCAGGUGUCAAAAUAACAGUUUAUGAAACAGCCACAAAACCUGAACUGUCUCCUGGAAUGGAUGCUGUCACGGAACGCAAACUAAAAAUGACGCGUGUUCCCGCCAGAAAGGCAAGCACAGAAAGUGAAAAGGAUGUACCCACAACCAGAUUUUCAGGUCCCUUUCCUACUAAAGCUACUGCUCCUGUCACUGAAAAAUUACCUCAUGUGGAGACUCUUACAACUCAUAGCCCAGAAGGUUCAGGAACGACAGAAGAGGCCGUAGGAACGGAGCCAGUUUUAUUCUCGGCUAUUGUGACAAGUAAACCGACGGUGGUAAGUGGCAUAGCCACAGCUACCAUUGCUCCAGUAGACAAGACCCUGACCACUUCACCAUCCAAGCCUUUAAUUACCAAAACACAGCCACCCUUAAUUUACAGUGAACCUGACGAGGAUACGAGUAAAGACAUGGUAAUAAUUGAGGAAUCUGUUUCUCCCAUUAAAACUACUACUGAUGAUGAUUUUACAGGCAAGACGGCAGAGCCAGAGAUUGAUACAGAAUAUUUUACAUCAUCGAGUGUGACUGCGGUUGCACAGCCUACAGGACCACCCUCUGAGGUUUUAGAGUCUCAGGAAGAGCCUCCUUCUACUUCAGAUGCUGACGUAGGAGUGGAAAGCAGGCCUGACAUAAAAGUGUUUGUUGUUGCUAUCUCUGGCAAUGAUACAGAUCCAGUGCAUGAAGUUUGGGAUUUAUUUGGUUAUCAUGAAAUAGACGAGCCCCCUACAGAUACUGAUUCAACACAAGAUGAACCCUGCACAGCAACGCCGGAUGAGGAAUCUGCAGAACUUUUAAUUUUGGACCCUUUAUUCUACCCAGAAAUAUACAAUCUUGGAGAAGAUGAUGACGAAGAAGACUGUGAGAAUACUACUGAUGUCACAACUCCACCAGCUUUGCAGUUUAUCAAUGGAAAGCAACAGGUGACUACAGCACCUAAAGAUAGAAAUGCGGAAGAAGCAAGGAGUGACCAGAUUGAAAGUUUACCACAUUCCAAAAAUGUAACCUUUUCACACAUCAAUGAUACUAACAUAGUGUCUGAAAAUGAGAUCUCUGCCACAAUGCAGCCAAAUGAAUCUGCUGAAAUUAUAGGAGAAGCCACUACGCAGAAGCUAACGGCAGAAUCUAUCAUGACGGAACUGGCCUUUAGUGGCGAUUCUGAAGUUUCUACUACAGAUAAAAUCCUUGAAAUAACAUCUCUACAUGGCCAGCCUUUAUCAGACACUACAGAGAAAUUAACACAGCCUGGAACAGAUUUUCAUCAAAUCUUAAGCAAACAUCCUGGCAUUUUCUCUGUAAUUAAUACAAAAUACUCAGGAGCUUCUACUACCAUGCCUGAGUCAAACAGUUACAGCUUUUCACACUCAGUAAGAACACCUCCAAAAGAAGCUUCUGAAAGGUUUUCUACUACAAUGUUUACUCCAACGUUUGCUUCCAUAAUCAUAGAAGAUAGCACAGCACUUGAAAAUGUUCUACAAGAUGAAUAUAAAUCAACAGUUAGACCAGAUGCACUUCUUACUGCUGAAAGUUCAAUAAAAACAACCAGAAGUCCUAGUUUGUUGAAUAUACCAGAAGGCUCUGGAGAUGUUCAACAAGAGAAUGCUAAACCUUCGACCGCGGUAAUAAAAAUGACAGGAACAGAAGAAAAUCCUGUUCAGGAUAUUUCCUCAGAUCUUGGCAGACACAGCCCUACAAAAAGCAGCCCUAGUGCUUCACAGCCUCCUGCAUCUUUGUAUAAAGACAUGAAUUCUACACUUGAACAGAGUUCUGUAGAAGCUCUUACUAUCCAAACUAUUCCUAAAUUAAUUUUGAACUCUACCAAAAAUGCCGAAGAAGUGAGGGAUGAUAAGGACGAGAUUAAGAGCACCAUUUCCUCAACCAAGGAGUAUUCAACUACUGUUAAAGCAGAAAAGUUGCUGUUCAGUAACGAUAGCGUCAGAUCUGUAAGCCAAGAAUCCAUAACUCUCACUAAAUCAGUAUCAGUGACAGAUGCCUCACCUCUCAAAACUAAAGAGGCCACAGAGAAGAUAAUUCCUGUAGAUGAAGAAUCUGGGGAUGGAUCCACAGAUGUUUGGAGGAAACCUGGCAUGGACAUUCUUUUGGGGGGUCCCACCAGCAAAGUGGUAAGUACUGACUCCCCAUUUAUUGACCCAGGUACUGAAAAAAUAGAUGUUAUCACUAUAGCUACUACAUUGAGUUCAUUACUAUUGAGAUCUCAACCUGGAAGCACAGACACACAAGUGAAGGAGCUAGAUACUCUUAACACAGAUUCAUCACCUUUGGAAUAUGCAAUUAUUAUUGAUCCCACAAUGCAAGUGUUAAGUACUGAAUCAGACAGAAAGGCCAUGGAAACUAAAACUGAAGUGCAAGUAUCAAAGGAUAUAACUGAUAACCAAGGACCAGUAAAACAUGAAUUGGAUGCAGUCACGCAACUGCCAUUUAGCGAAAAGUCUAUUCUGGAAUCAAAUGAAGAGAUGAUAACAUCUUCUACAGCGAUUGAAAAGAAAAUUGACUUGUUUGAGACAUCUGGUGUGGCAUCAUCUGUAGAGUCAACUGGAAGUGGAAGCACUACAAUCCUUUCUGUCAGCACUCCUACACCAUUGAAAGAUAACAUUAUUCUGCAAGAAAGAGGUUCUGAGUUUUUAAUAAACGAAACAAUGGAAUCUGCCAAACCAGAAAGCACUGGACACUUUUCUCCAACCAUUUCUGCUGAGAUAAUUGACCUGGUGGAUGUGGGCUCUGGAGAGGAAUCAGGAGAUAACAGAAGUAGUGUAGUACUUGUGACUCAUGGUCCUACAGAAAGAAUAAUAAAUACUAAAUUUCCAUUGAUUGAACAAGGUUCUGGAGACAUAGAUUCUUUUACAGAACCUCCUAUAAAAACAACAUAUGAAAACAAAAGUAGCAGCGUGACAUCUAGAUAUGUGCUGUUUACUGAUGCACCUGCAAAGUUAGACACACAUAGUCAUCACACCACCAGGUUCACUUCAGUGAAUGCAGGAAUUACAAACACUGAAGGAGAAACACCAGCUGAAUCGGAAACAAUAGCUUUUACUACAAUCCCUCCUUUAGAAGAUGAAAUGAAUUCUGAUGAAGAACAUGCUGCUGAAACAUCAGAUGAAAUGGUACAGACCUUUGGAGUGGUAACACAAGAAUCUUUCAUUAAAAGUAAAGAACCUUUAACUGGACAGACAGGAAUUUCAACUGUUUCUACAUUUAUCCCAUACAUAGAAGAAAUAAAAAUUGAUGUCACACCUGGAACUGAAUUUGUGCAAAAGAAUCUCUCUUCACAUGAUAAAAUCCUCACGAUUGAGUCUGAAACAUUUCCAGAUGAACCUGUAAGCCCUUCACCAGCAGCUGAAGAUAAAGAACAGUUGGCACAAAAUGCUCACCCAACUGAGGACAGCCACAAGCCUUCCUCCAUGUCUACAGGGUACAAGCCAGUAAAAAAGGCAACCAGUAAUGCUCCAUUUUUUUCGGAACAAGGUUCAGGAGAUGCAAUCUUUACUGUUCCAUCUACCACUGUGCCUAUAAGUUCUGCUAUAUUAAAUGUCAAUGCAAACACAUUAAGUCUUGACAUUCUUCAGCCUAGAAGUUCAGAAGCAAGUACUUCAGAGCAAAAAAUAAAAGAAUCUGAUACAUAUCCCACUGAAACAUAUGAGGAUUUCAGCAGUGUUAAUAAAUAUCCAUACACUAUAGCAGUAGAGUUGCUUGCAGGAAGAGACAAAAUAGCCCCUAGUGCAUCUACCUUAGAUACCCGGGUCAUUGGCACAGAAGUACCUACUAUAAAGCAACUCAUUCUUGAAAAUUCUCAAAACCUAGAAAAUAGCUAUCAGGAGAAGGAAAAUACAACAUUAUCAACAUUGGUAGCUACUGAUGGAAUUUCGGAGGAAGCUUCUCACGUGGUGAUGUAUGAAGAUACAACUCCUGUUCCUGAAUCUGUUCCUGGAAGGCCUACUCUUGGAAUUGCUAAAGAACCUAAACCCACCUCAGAACCUGAAAUGAUGAGAAUAGCAAUUCACGAAGGAUCUGGAGAAGGUUCUGGUUGGCGGGACACCAUGGAAAAAUAUCCUGAAUCACCUACCCAGUUGCCAAAAAGAGUAAUACCCUCAUCUCAUACACCUGGCAAAAAUAAUUCAAAAGUUGUGGACCUUGCUGAAGCAGUGAAUGGAUCUGAAAUAGAAUUAGUAUCAUCACCCACCCACGGAGAAGAAAAACAAAUGCUACCAACCUCAGAUAGUGACUUUUCAGAGACAUUUGCAGAUGAAAGUUCCACAAACAGCAUAAAAGACUUUGAGGAACUUAUCCCACUGCCUGGUGACAAAAGGAAUUAUUCGGGGGGUAUUUCCAGCUUCAUUGAUGUAGGCCAUGGAAUAAUAUCUGAUGAAACAACAAUUAUAGAUGCUGAUAACUUGAAAUCAAAUAUUGAAGACAUAGGUGGACAAAGAACUGUGGGCUCUGAGAGACCCUCGAUGUACAGCAUUUAUACUUCUGUAACAGAAAUUCAGACUGCCACACCUACAAUUACUUUAGCUGUUGAUAAAUCAGAUGGCUUUGGAGAUGGUCAAGGGAGUUCUGUAACCAGUAAGUUCAUAUUCAGCAAGCCCAUGAUAUCUGAUCUGACACCAACAUCAAAUGAUGUGGGCUCAGGAGAUGCCACACCUUUCACAACAGAAACUGUUGUUACUCAAGAGCUGCCCAAAAUAGCUGCAUUGCUUCCAACUAUGCCACUUCUUGUUAGAUCUACCACGUCAUCGCCAACCAGCUCCAAAACUGAUGAAAAGGACAAAGAAUUAGAGCUGGAAACUAAACAUACAGAUUCCAAAAAUACAAUAGAAGACAACUCUGAAUUACAAACAUUGUCAGACAACCAAGCAAUAGCUGAUGAAAGUGAAAUUGCUUCUACCGCAGACUCUUCAGGAAAAGGAGAAGUAGAUAUGGAUGAAAAGAAACUCGUGGCUCCUACGCCGCCAUACCUACCCAUUGAGCCAUGGAAAUCUUUGACAACACACAAAUCUGAAGAAAGCACAGUUACUGUACAACUUGCUUCCCAAAGUGUAAUGAAGUCUGAAGAAACAACCCAGGAGGUCUACAAAGGAAUGAAGGAAACAGAAGCCACAGAAUCCAUAGAAACAGAUCCAGAAAAAAUACAUUCUGCAACUCAAACUCCAAAGUUGCCCGUGACUGUCUAUUUACUCAAUGGAGCUUCUGAGUAUCCUGAAGACAUAAUGCCAAGUACUUCAUCAUCAGUUGACAAUGACAAGCAUGAUUUGUCACCAGUACAAACCUUUAGAGAAGCUAGUGCUGACAUCACAGCAACUUACAAACCUGCCCUGAAAGAGUCUUCAGGAAGCACCGAGUUCCCAUUAGCAUCUUCUCCCAAACUGGUAUCAGAAAGCAAGACCACUGAAUCUGUGCCUAGUUCUGUAACAGAAAUGAAAGAAAAGCCAGGAAGUUCAACAGAAGUGAUUAUUGUCGAAGGAACCAUUGCUCCUGGAGAGUCUCUUUCAAAAGAAGCUAAGCCAACAUUUAUAGUUCCAGGAACUGACAUUUUAGAAUCUAGUUCAGAAGAAGAAACUUCUCAUGAGAAGGAGCUAAAUCAGUUAGAUGAAAAUAGUGCUGAUGGAGACUUACCAUGGAUUCGCACCACACCAUCUCCCAUUCCACAUGAAAGUAAAACAGGUGGAGUAUUUGGGACUGAUGGUGAAGCCGAUGUUUGGCCAAUUUCAUCCCCUCCAUCAGUAGACACAACUGUGGAAACCCAGACUGCAUUGGAUGGGCAGAAGAAGCCAACAACUGUUUCCUCUAAUGCUGCAACAAAAAACCCAGGCUCUGAAAACACUCCCAAAUAUAUUAAGCAGGCAAGAACCACAGGGGGCAUAAACAGCAUUGAACUUGUAACACCACCACUUUUGCUUCUGGAUGUAACUAAUGGAUCAGAUUUCCUGAUUGGCACAGGUGGGGGUUCAGUCGAAGGCACAGCAGUUCAGAUACCAGGCCAAGAGCCAUGCAAGAGUAAUCCAUGCCAGCAUGGGGGAACUUGUUAUCCACGUGACACUUUCUACAUCUGCACUUGUAUGCCGGGUUUCAGUGGUGACCAGUGUGAAGUAGACAUUGAUGAAUGUCAAUCCAGCCCUUGCAGAAAUGGAGCCACAUGCAUUGAUGGCAUCAAUACGUUUACUUGCCUUUGUCUUCCAAGCUACGUUGGGGCUCUUUGCGAAAAAGAUGCAGAUGUGCAUGUGAACCUGCUGCCAAAACUGCGCAGAUGCAAUUAUACCGAAACCUGUGAUUACGGAUGGCACAAGUUCCAAGGGCAGUGCUACAAAUACUUUGCUCAUCGGCGCACGUGGGACGCGGCAGAGAGAGAGUGCCGCCUCCAGGGAGCCCAUCUGACCAGCAUCCUGUCUCAUGAAGAACAGCUCUUUGUGAACCGAAUAGGACACGACUACCAGUGGAUUGGCCUAAACGAUAAGAUGUACGAGAGUGACUUCCGCUGGACUGAUGGCAGCGUGCUGCAAUAUGAAAACUGGAGACCAAACCAGCCAGACAGUUUCUUUUCUUCUGGAGAAGACUGUGUUGUUAUAAUCUGGCAUGAGAAUGGCCAGUGGAACGAUGUACCAUGCAACUACCAUCUCACCUACACUUGCAAGAAAGGAACAGUUGCCUGUGGCCAGCCCCCAGUUGUAGAAAACGCAAAGACUUUUGGGAAGAUGAAGCCUCGUUAUGAAAUAAACUCCUUGAUCAGAUACCACUGCAAAGAUGGUUUUAUCCAGCGCCAUGUUCCAAUCAUCCGGUGCCAAGGGAAUGGACGAUGGGAUUUGCCUAAAAUUACCUGCAUGAAUCCAUCCUCAUUCCAAAGGACUUACUCUAAGAAAUAUUAUUAUAAACAUUCUUCACCAGGAAAGGGAAACUCAUUAAAUUCAUCAAAACAUUUUCAUCGUUGGAUCAGGACAUGGCAGGAUUCAAGGCGCUGAACGCACUCUGGCAAAAGCGGGAUGUUCUCCAUGCCAGCCAAAGUCCUAACUUAACUGUGCCUUUUUAAAAAUCAAUUAUAGGAGUAUUACCAAGCAUUUUUAUUUUUUUGAAAACUUAAGGACCUCAGAACUCUCAGCACACAUCUGUGAUUGCUACAAAUGCAAAAAUCGAAAAGGGAGACAUUGCCAGCCAUCUAUAGCAUGUUAAUGUUCAUAUGUCAUUGAUGAGGGAACAUUAGAGUCCCUGUCCCAGCGUCCUAUAAUAAUUAAAACUCUUCCAUUUUAGCACCAAUGAUAAUGUAAAUAAGAUGAUUUAAUGGUGUUUUAAUGUGUGUUACGUUAAAAGAACAGCAACCCUGUAUAUACAAUGAAAUGUCACACUAAGUUCAAGUUUAUUUAUGGCUAUUUGGCCUCAGAGGUCUUUAAUCGGUUUUUGUUUGUUUGUUUGUCUUGAGGUACUUCAUCAGACUGAAAAUAAGUGUAAAUUGCAGUCUGCUCUCUCUUUUCUUUUUGUAACCAUGGGAGAAAACGGCUGUUGCAAUGGCUGAAGAUGAGCAAAGAAGCAGAGGAACACUGCUCUUUCCCAGCAGAGGUCCAUAGAGAACUGUGUGAUGAAACCUUACACAUAAGGAGCACAGCAAGCAGGAACAACCCUGAACAAUGGACUGCAAUGUGGAACUUGACUUGCGUCCUUUUCAGCAUUGGCACUGAUUGAAAAGGGACUUACCUGGAGGACUUUUUUUAAAAAAUGACAAGGAGGGCCUGUAGGAAUAACAAUAAUGAUAAUGAUAACAAUAAUAAGUGCUAAUACAAUAAAUCUCAACCAGGGCCACUUUUUUUUUAACGACGACUUUUACAACACUAACCGUGGGUCUACAUUACAGCUCUCUGCAUUUUAAGAUGGAGAUACGAUAGACCUACAACUUUUGUUGUACAAAAAAACCCGAACAAACGAAAAAGUAAAUAAUUUUGUAUAUAUAAAUAUAUAUAACCAUUUUUAAUCCUUUUAUAAAGUAAUGAAUGUUUGUGUAUGAAUGCUGCAGCUGUGAAGCGUACCUAAAUAAAUGAAGUAAGCCAUACUGAUAUAAUUUAUUGGAUGUUCUUUUUAUCUUGAAAUAGCUUGGUAGCUUGUUUUCAGCCUCCAAGCUCAUCCUGGUGCAUUUGGGAGAACUAGAGUUGGCUUCAAAUGUUUUUGACUUGACUUGAGAGAAUAUAUCUAUAUCUAUAUAAUAAAUGGGAUCAUGAGUGAGA